GUGGAUUAAGAAGUGCGCGAGAUGCCACAACACGCUAAUCACUGCAACGUUCACCGUGGUUAUAAAUUGGCUCACAGACGAGCUAGAUGUGAUAAGUCCGGACGUAAUUGAAAACACAUUCUGGAAGACGUGAGCGGACAAGUAAAACAAAGACACCGUUGGCUAAAAUUAUCCGCUACUGAUUCUUAAAGGCGAAAAGAAACGUUUCCUGCUGUUGGUUUGUUGUUUCCUGAGGCGGCUGCUGCGAAGAGGAUCACCUUGGUUUGUCAAAAUGUAUUCCUUCGAAACGUUGCAGGAGUCUGCGCAAUAUUUGUUGGAUCGCAUUAAGAUCAAGCCGAAGAUAGGAAUUAUAUGCGGCUCAGGAAUGGGAUCAUAUGAGCAAAACGAGUUGUGUCCAGGUUCAAUCGCGGAAUCCCUUGUGGACAAGCAGUGCUUCCCGUACGAAGAAAUUCCACAUUUCCCGGUGUCCACGGUAAAGGGUCACACUGGCCAAAUGGUCUUCGGUUAUCUUCAGGGUGUACCAGUCAUGUGUAUGCAGGGCAGAUUUCAUUACUACGAGGGAUAUCCGCUUUGGAAGUGCGCCAUGCCGGUAAGGGUGAUGAAGCUGGUAGGUGUGACGCAUCUAAUCGCUACGAAUGCUGCCGGUGGACUAAAUCCUACUUACAAAGUCGGCGACAUCAUGAUAAUGAAGGAUCAUGUGAACAUGAUGGGUUUUGCUGGAAACAACCCGCUUCAAGGACCGAACGAUGACAGGUUUGGUCCUCGAUUUCCACCGAUGAACAAAGCCUACAACGUGACGCUGAGGGAUAUCGGCGCACAAGUUGCUGAAGAAAUGGGUAUCAGUGACAUUGUGCACAGAGGUGUUUAUACUUGCUUAGGUGGACCUAAUUUCGAGACGGUAGCGGAAUUGAAGAUGCUGAGGAUGGUAGGCGUAGAUGCAGUCGGUAUGUCCACGGUUCAUGAAGUGAUUACCGCACGACAUUGCGACCUGACUGUCUUCGCGUUCAGCCUUAUCACCAACCAGUGUGUUACUGACUAUGAGGAUCACUGCGAGGCUAAUCACGAGGAAGUAAUGGACGUGGGCAGAGCACGACAACCGAUUCUUCAAGAAUUCGUGUCUAAGAUUGUAUUGCGUCUCAAGGACAGUCUGAAACUAGAAAAGAAAUAAUCGAGUUGUGAAUUUUCGCGACAAACAGGACAGGUUUGCUUCUGUACGAAGAAAAUUGUCGAGAGCUCGUCUCGUCCUCGUGUUCAAACAAAGUUUUCGGAAGCUUUAUCUCUUAAGGAUCGGAAAAUCGCUAGUGCAAAAGUAAUGAUUAUGUCGUGAUAAUCGGAAGUUAUGCUUCAGUAUAAUUAUUUUUAAGUUAUACGUUUUUCCCUUGUCAUUUUUUAAUUGAUUUUAUUUAAUGGAGAUGCGGAGCCACAUGAAAAUUUAAUGCAAAUGCAUACAAUCUAUGGAAGGCAGAGAUAUAUAAUUUUGACGUAAAUAUUAUGUUCAUAAAGAUAAUAUCAUAGAUUAUAUAAAUCUAUCGAAGUAGGGCUUGAUUUGAACGAAAUGAUUACUCUAGCUAUUAUUUUGAUUGUGAUAAACGUAAGGAGUCGUAAUACGUGUUUUAAUAAUUGAUACUUUAUAAAUUGAUAUUUUAUAAUAUUUUAAUUAUCAACAAUUAAUGUUAUUGUCAGAUAUAUCAUUACCAUUAUCAUCAUCAUCAGCACUAUUAUCGUUAUCAUCAUCAUUAUCAUCUUUAUCACCGUCAUCAUCAUUAUUACAUUAAUCGAUAAUAUUAUCGAUAAAAGGUCUUAGAUACCCCGUUAUUUUGUUAUUCGCAAAAGAUAUGUACACUUCGAGAGAUACAAAAUCUGCAGCUCUCCGCAUAGAGUAAUUGACAAGUCAGUCCUCGAGUUCUCCCAUCGCAGUUAUCCCAUCGCAAUAUCUUGCCUAUUUAGUCGGCGCCCCGGUUCUACUUAUCUGAAUUCGUGCUCGAUUCGGAUCUCAAUUGAUUCGUUACACGUCUUGAGAGGCGUCGAUGGAGGCGGAGAUGAGAAUAGGAGAAGAGAUGAAGGAAGAGGGCUUAAAGACGGAGGGGUUAGUCGGUGCUUCCUCUCGAUUUUCUACCCUUCGUUUUGUUACUCUCAUCUCGUUUCCGCGUUCUUUCAUUGCUAACGCAUCGCCGUUCAGCCUGGAUAAAUCUUGAAGCUUAAAGACCAUACGGUGCAGGAAUGCCGAAUUAAAUUAUGAUUGGACAAGCGGAAAAAUUGCGCGAGCGA